GAGAGAUAGUGUUGUGGUGUGUUGAUCGUCUGUGUUCUAUCGUAGUGUUUAGUGUUGCCUGAGUAAACAUGUUAGAAGCAGAUGAAAUACUGGAACUUUUUAGAGGCUGUUUGCCCUAUUACCUAUUUAUAAUGCUACCUGUGCUUAUUAUAAUUUCACCGGUUAAUCCAGUGGACGCGGCACACGAAUUUCCCGUGUAUCGUAUGCAACAUUUUGAUUUACACGGUGUACCUCGCGGGAGCAGACAUGCCCCCGUAAACCUGGAGGCCCGUUCGUUGACUGGAUGGAGUACCGCACGGCAGUGCAUAGUGGCACGUUUGGAAGAUAUAACUUCAGACCAAUUUCGAGAAAUAAGAGCCAAAGCAGGGGCUCUCCUCCUUGUCCUGCCCCGGCAGAUUUCCAGUCUAUCGGACGAAGCCAAGCAGCAUAUUCUUGAACUGGAACGUGCCAUGUUGGAGCAAGAGGUUCCUAUUCCUGUUUAUUUCAUUGAAUGGACAAAAGCAAUCCAGACAGUUCUUGAAAAUCUUGCACGGAGCUAUUCAUCAGAUGAAAGAUCAAUCUCAGCAGCAGAAGCUAUGUUAAACGCUGUGUCAGCGAGUGGAUACCAAGUUGUAAUAGCUAGUGGACAAGCAUCCGUAAAAGGAGAUAUUAAUAUUGCAACUGUACAGGGUAAAUUAUCUGGUUAUGGAGUUGAAGAGAAGUUGCCAACCAUUGCCAUUGUGGCACAUUAUGAUAGCUUUGGUGUAGCUCCCGAGUUGUCAUUUGGGGCGGACUCAAAUGGUUCUGGUGUGGUGAUGCUUCUGGAGCUGGCACGACUAUUCUCGGGGCUGUACUCAAGUCCAAAGACACAUGCUCGAUACAACCUUGUCUUCCUCCUGUCAGGUGCUGGCAAAUUCAACUAUCAUGGCAGCAAGAAAUGGCUUGAAGACCAACUAGACGGUGUUGAUUAUUCAGUGUCAUUUAUUUUGCACUUUGUAUCCUUGUUGCAGGAAGCCUCUUACGUGCUCUGUCUUGAUUCUGUUGCAAGCAACAGCAAUCUGUAUCUACAUGUCUCUAAACCACCACGAGAAGGCAGUCAAGGCUAUCUGUUUUUCAAGGAACUAAAAUCUGUUUCACAAAUGCUGUAUCCAGAUAUGUCCGUUGAAGGCAUCCACAAGAAGAUCAAUCUUGCUGAUGAACUCCUAGCUUGGGAACAUGAACGGUACAGCAUUAGAAGGCUUCCAGCUUUUACCUUAUCGUCUCUCAGAAGUCAUAAAGAAGCAAGAAGGCACACAAUAUUGGACACCAGAGAUUCAACAGAUGUGACUCAUCUAGUGCAAAAUAUUCAAGUUGUUGCUGAAGCCCUUGCCAGGCAUAUUUAUAAUUUAUCAUCAGGAGAAGUAUUCUCGGAGAAUCUUGGUGUGCAGGUGGAGUCCAUCAGCUCAUGGCUGGAUUUUCUGAGUUCUCAACCACGUUCAGCUCAGCUUUUAGCUGACAAACAGAAUACACUGGUCUCAACUCUCAAGGACACCAUGUCCAGGUACCUGAAAGAGGUGAAAGUAUCCUACAUGACGCCAGAUAAACGUGAGCCUGAGUUUGUAUUCUACGAUAUCACAAAAAGUCAAGUGAGCAUUUACAGUGUAAAGCCAGCAGUCUUUGAUCUCUUUCUAACAAUCGCUAUUUCCAUCUACCUCACUGUUAUUUAUUUUGUUAUACAGAACUUUCCACAGUUUUAUACUGUUGUAUUGUCCAUUGUGGGUGCUACAAGGCAGAAGGUCCAUUAGAGAAGCUUCAGUGUAGUAGAAAUUUAAAAUAUAUUGUACAUAGUUUCUGUACAUAUGUACUUUCCUAAGACAGAAAUCAAUUGUAGAGUGCCUUCAAUGAAACAUCAAGAAAUACUGUUUUUAUAAAUGAAGUAUUCAUGUUAUGGAAUGUGUUAUGUACAAACUUUCCAGAAAAGAAAUUCAGAAUUCAUCAAGACUAA